UACUCCUUUAAAAUGAAAUUCAUUGCAUUUCCUCCCCUUUACUAAUCAUCAUUAUCUUGGACCAUAUAUAUAUAAAUAAAUAAUUAAAAAUUCCCAAUUAAAAGGCUUUAGCCAACCCCAACCUCAUCAACCCAACCAUGCUUCCACCCACUCCACUCUCCCUUUUCUGUGCUAUUCUCCUUUGCUUACCCCUUGCCCUCAUCUUCACUUUUACAGAUUCCACCUCCUCCGCCACCACUUCUCCUCUCCCCAUCACCUCCGCCACCAUUAAUCUAACUGAAACAAAUCCACACCCCUCCUUAUUCUUACCUCCAACUACACCUCUACUAAAACCCCAAAUCAAGAACCAAACCACCGCUAACGCAACCCUCCCCCCGCUCACUCAACUACCUCUGGAUGAAGAAGAUGACGUGUCACUGUUCAGACUUGCUUCCCGGGUCGACCCCACCCCCAAACCCGUCAAGAAACUCGCCUUCAUGUUCUUGACCACUUCCCCACUCCCAUUUGCACCUCUUUGGGAGCUCUUCUUCGCACGCGCCCCCAAGAAUUUGUAUAACAUUUACGUGCAUGCCCACCCCAGCGUCAACUACACCAUGUUUGGCGGCGUGUUCAACGGCCGCAACCCCCCCCGCCGCCACACCCCUACUCUAAUUGCGGCGGCGCGUAGGUUGCUAGCGCACGCGCUACUCCACGACCAGUCUAACUCGAUGUUUGCGCUGCUCUCCCCAUCUUGCAUCCCCUUACAUCCCUUUAACUACACGUAUAGGACUUUAAUAAAGUCAAGGAGAAGUUUCAUCGAGAUACUAAAAGAUGAGCCGGGAGCGUACGACAGAUGGGCGGCGCGUGGGGAAGAAGCGAUGCUCCCGGAGGUGAAGUAUGAGGAUUUCCGGAUCGGGUCCCAGUUUUGGGUGCUAAAGCGUAAGCAUGCAAGGAUUGUGGUGGGUGAGAGAAGGGUAUGGUCAAAGAUGAAGCUGCCGUGCCUGCGUGAUUACACGUGUUACCCGGAGGAGCAUUAUUUCGCUACGGUGCUGAGCAUGGUGGACCCGCGGGGGUGCAUACCGUGCACCCUGACCCACGUGGAUUGGAACGGGGGGCACGGGGGCCACCCGCGAAUGUACGUGGGCAGUGAAGUGGGUGGGGAGCUGAUCCAGAGGCUAAGAAAGAGCAGGCCCAGAUAUGGUGAUGAAAUAUCAUCAAGUGGGAAGAGAAGACAUGAAGACCCGUUUAUGUUUGCGAGAAAGUUCUCUGCAGGGUCAGUGCACCGAUUGAUGAGUAUAGCGAAUGAGGUGAUAUUGAAAGAAUGAUGGGUGGGUGGGUGGGUGGUAAUAAUAAUUUGGAAGAAAUGAUGAUUGUAAUUGUAAUAAAAAAGGAAAAGAGAGGUGAAUGGGAAUGGCAUGGCGGGACAAACCCCUGCCUUGGUUUUCUUUCUAUUUCAACAUGGAAUCCAUUUGGGUCCUCUCCUCUCCUCUUUUUAGACCCAAAAAAGAAAGAAAGGGUACAUAAAGAAUUAAGGAAUACAUGUAUUUUUUUGGCAA